AUGGGGUGUUGCUGGAUCAAUGAGACGGCAUUCACUGGGGAAAGAAACCCAGGGCAACGAUCCUCCUCAUUUAAGUGUUUCCUGGUCUUCCAGGCGUCGCUGGAAGAAGGCACGUUGCCAAGACAGUGGAGACAUGCGAAGAUCAUACCGCUCAAAAAGCUGAAAAAAGAGAACUAUACUAUUGCCAAAGCAUGCAGACUGAUUUCGCUCCUCGCGACGCUGGGCAAGAUACUGGAAUCUGUGAUCGUAGAAAGGAUCUCACACGCGGUAGAGACUUAUAGUUUACUUCUGACCAGCCACUUCGGCGCCCGAAAGCAGUGGUCCGCUAAGCAAGCACUCGUACUCCUGCAGAAGCAAAUCUACACGGCAUAGCACGGCCGACGCGUCGUGAGCUUGAUCAGCUUCGAUGUCAAGGGCGCCUACAAUAAAAUCUACAAAGAACGAUUAUUUCAGAGGAUGAAAGCGCGAGGCAUACCAGAGAAUCUACUCCGGUGGAUUGAGGCGUUCUGCUCGGAACAAACAGCAACUAUCCAAAUUAAUAGGCAACUAUCUAAGAUCCACAGCCUGCUACAGAUUAGACUACCGCAGGGCUCACCGCUGUUUCUAAUUCUAUUCCUCUUCUUCAACGCAGAUCUUGUACAGCGUCAAAUCGACGGCAAGGAAGAUGCGAUUGUGUUUAUAAAUGAUUUUACCACGUGGGUGACCGGACCAAGUUCGCAGACUAAUUAGAAAAAUAUUAAGGGAAUUAUCAAAGAAGCUCUUAAUUAGGAAAGACAAAGUAGGACAACUUUCAAAGUAAAUAAAACAGUUAUUAUAUACUUCACUUUCAAGACUUAUAAAUCGGACCGGAGGCCCUUCACUGUCAAGAAAUAAAUAGUAGAAUUGAAAGAUUAUGUUAAGAUUCUAGAUGUCCUCAUAAAUACUAGUCUUAAAUAUAAGAAAUACAUCGCAAGGGCAGUAUCUAAGGGUUUUAAAAUAGUGAUAAAGUUUCGAUGACUUCGAGAUCUGUUCCCAUCAACAGCACGGCAGCUAUUCAUAUUGACAGUGACUCCCGUAGUGGACUACGCUUCUAAUAUUUGGAUGCAUGCAUUUAAAAAUAAGACUACGGGGCCGAUCAACUGAGUCCAAAGGGUGGAAGUGCAAGUAAUCGUCGGGAUCUUUCUUACUAUUACAACUAGUAUCACGGAGGCAGAGGCUCAUAUUGCCACGGCGCAAUACUAUUUUUGGAGACGAGUUUGA